AUGGAUGUGUCAGCUGUAAAGUUUCGAGAGCUGUUGGAUGAAAUCAUCACCGCAAACACUCAGGUAGACGAUACCUUCUACUCUAGCGCCCCCCAUCACUUCCACAAUGAGGCCUUCAUCCAGGGACGUGAGCUCAUCACUAAAGGCGUGGUCAGCAUUAGAGCCAGCCUACGAGAAGACAAAAUGGCAGCAGCGAGGCGGACCUUGGGUACCAUCAGCCACAGUCUUCAGGAUUUCUACAGUCACAGUGACUGGAUUGAGUUGGGAAAUACAAAACCAUAUGCCAGUCUACUCCGGGCAGACCUCGCUUUGGAAAAUAUUGCAGAUGUUCACACCCCAACAUGCAGAAACUGUAAAGAGUAUGAUUGUAAAAACUUGAUCCUUCCAAACAUACUGAAGACUCACACGCUCACCUCAGGGUACAAUACAGAGGAUGGAACCAGCAAACCACCAGGUAAAUGUCACCACGGUGGUGUUUUCGAUUCUGGGAUCAAUAAAGAUGACCCAGCAACUUCCCUGGCUCCAGGAGAACCUGACCCUCAUGAUCUUGCUGCAAAGCUAGCCACUGAAGCCACAGUUGACCUACUGCGAAAUAUUCGGAACACGGCAGGGGACCAUCUAUUUCUGAAGAUGCUGGGCAUCAGUCGUUCCUCCGUCGUGUGCUUCGUGAUCGAUACCACAGGAAGCAUGGGUGAUGAUAUAGCUGAGGUCCGAAGACUAACCAAUGAAAUUGUCGACAAAAAACGAGGAACAAAUGAUGAACCUUCUCUGUAUAUCCUUGUUCUGUUCAAUGACCCAGCUGUGGGACCAGUCAAGAGUACCGGUAAUGUGGAUGAAUUUAAGAAGAUGCUGGCUGAAAUUGUUGUGGAUGGAGGCGGAGAUGAACCUGAGAAAAGUCUCUCUGGACUACAGCUGGCCCUCACUACAGCACCUCCUUCAUCUGAAAUUUACCUUUUCACCGAUGCCUCUGCCAAGGACAAAGAAUUAGAAGGGGCAGUCCGUUCUCUAAUCAGUAGCACCAAGUCAAAGGUAUCGUUCCUGCUAACAAACAUCUUGUCUAGAAGAAGGAAGAGGAGCGUGGUGUCAAACGAUGGUAACAGACUGUAUGAGAGACUAGCCCAGCUAUCUGGUGGACUGGCCAUUGAGGUGUCCAAGAGCACCUUGCCUCUAGCCACUACUGUUAUAAUGGAUGCUGUUUCUUCUUCACUGGUAAACCUGUUUCAGGUGUCCGUGGAUCCAGGAAGGGACAAGACUUUCUCAUUCCUGGUGGAUCCAUCAGUGCACAAUGUGUCCGUUUAUAUCAUUGGGUUUUCUGCGAGCUUUACACUGAAGAGCCCCACAGGUGUGAGUCAGGAAAGCAGAGUUAAAUCAGGGCCUUUGGGAAAGAUAUCUGCAGUGGGAAAUCUCCACAUUGCUCAUUUGACGGAGCAAACAGGAACGUGGCAAAUCAGAGUCGGAUCAACCCGUCCAUACAACAUCAGAGUUAUAGGCCACAGUGUGCUGGAUUUCCUGUACAAAUUCAUCAGAUAUUUCAAGGGUCUUCAUCCUGGAUUUGUGGAGACAGAGGGACGGCCCUCAGCAGGUAGCCCCGCCCACAUCACUCAUACAGUGCAGAGGAUUCUCAUUCUUCACCCUGGAGUUCCUUUAUCUGUCCCCUUCAAUGUGACUGCGAGUGGGGAUAUGGAUACAGUUACAAUACAAGUUCGAGCCACACAGAACUUUGUGGCAUCAUUCACACCCAGCUCGGUCAAGUUGGCUGCCGGCGGCAGCGCUAUGGGUUCACUGAAACUCUUAGCCCCUCCAAGCACUCCAUCAGGUUCCGACUGCACCAUAACCAUAGUGGCGGAAUCGCACAGAAAAAGGCAGUCCAACUACGCCAUCGUCCACACGACUGUCAUGAGCAUGAUCACAGACCUGAAGCCGCCUACGUGCGUUGAGUUACACAGGAGCCCAAAAUGUCCCAUAUGGGAGAUCUCUUUAGCCAUGUCUGACGGCGACGGGACGGGCAUCGAAAAAAUCUUCUAUCGCGGCGCUGAUGGCAACAUAACCAGCACCGUGACUGACAAGGAGACCUUAGUCACCUUCUCGGCCUCUUGCUGUGAGGAGAGUGUGGAGUUUGUGGCUGUGGAUCAUGUUGGUAAUGCAGGAACGUGUUCGUUCACAAUCAGUACCCCUCCUAAGAGUACUUAG